AUGACAAUUGAUCCAAGUAAAAUUUCAGCUUCAACUACUCCAUUUGCCCUCAUCGACGAACACAGUGCUGUAAAAAGUGAAAAAGAAAUUUUAUUUUCAAUGCACACUGUUUUUCGUGUCGAUGAUAUCAAACAGGCGAUCAGCAGCAAUCGUCUAUGGGAAGUUCAAUUAAGUCUCACAGGCGACAAUGAUCCACAAUUGGCUGCUCUGACUCAACGCAUGAAAGGGGAACUCCGUGGAUCCACAGGAUGGCAUCGAUUGGGCCAUCUAAUGCUCCAAGUGGGUCACUAUAAUCAAGCUGAAGACCUUUACAACGAGUUACUGAAGAACUCGUCCAGUGACAGUGACAGAGCACAUAUAUAUCAUCCGCUUGGAGUGAUGAAAGACAGUCAAGGACAAUACAAGGAAGCAGUUUCAUUUUAUGAAAAAUCACUUGAAAUCUAUCGAAAAACUCUUCCGGAAGACCACUCUUCAUUCGCUCCUACCUACACUGGUAUCGGUGUUGCGUAUAACAACAUGGGUAACUACUCGAAAGCACUUGAAUUUUACGACAAAUCACUUAAAAUAAGAGAAAAAUCUCUGCCUCCGAAUCAUCCCGAUUUGGCUACUUCCUACAACAACAUCGGUUCGGUGUAUAACAACAUGGGUAACUACUCGAAAGCACUUGAAUUUUACGAAAAAGAUUUAGAAAUAACGAAAAAAUCUCUGCCUCCGAAUCAUCCCGAUUUGGCUACUUCCUACAAUAACAUCGGUGAAGUGUAUAGACAGAUGGGUAACUACUCGAAAGCACUUGAAUUUUACGACAAAUCACUUAAAAUAAAAGAAAAAUCUCUGCCUCCGAAUCAUCCCUUAUUGGCUACUUCCUACAAUAACAUCGGUGAAGUGUAUAGAAACAUGGGUAACUACUCGAAAGCACUUGAAUUUUACGACAAAUCACUUAAAAUAAGAGAAAAAUCUCAGCCUCCGAAUCAUCCCGAUUUGGCUCAAUCCUACAACAACAUCGGUCUGGCGUAUGACAACAUGGGUAACUACUCGAAAGCACUUGAAUUUUACGACAAAGCACAUAAAAUCUACGAAAAAUCUCUGCCUCCGAAUCAUCCCGAUUUGGCUACUUCCUACAACAACAUCGGUCUUGCGUAUAAAAAAAUGGGUGACUACUCGAAAGCACUUGAAUUUUACGAAAAGGACUUAGAAAUAACGAAAAAAUCUCUGCCUCCGAAUCAUCCCGAUUUGGCUACUUCCUACAACAACAUCGGUGGAGUGUAUAAAAACAUGGGUAACUACUCGAAAGCACUUGAAUUUUACGACAAAUCACUUAAAAUAAGAGAAAAAUCUCUGCCUCCGAAUCAUCCCGAUUUGGCUACUUCCUACAACAACAUCGGUACGGCGUAUUACGGCAAAGGUGACUACCCAAAAGCACUUUCAUAUCUAGAAAAGGCACUUGCCAUCUGGCAAAAAUCACUUCCACCAACACAUCCUAAUAUUAAAACGGCGAUGAAUAGUAUUGACUCUGUGAAAAAGAAAAUGUAA